GAGGACUCUUGGUGACGUAAAAAGGCCGCGCCGGCGCUGUCUUUUCCAACGUCACACGGCGUGCGCGACAGCGGAAAGAAACAAAAUCUUCGCGCUCUAGAAGUUUCCUCGGUGGGGCCAUGAUGGCGGAGGCGGAGGGGAUGACAGCCGCGCGGCUGACGGAGUGCGACGUCGAGAAGGACCCCGCGGGCGCCGUGCAGAAGCUGACAGCAGCCAUAGAACUGAAGCCAGAUGAUGCAGAGUAUUAUUGUCAAAGAGCUUAUGCGUACAUUCUUCUACAAAAUUAUCAUGAUGCCAUUUCAGAUGCGAAGAGGACACUGUCUCUUGAUCCCAAUAAUGCUAAAGCCUUGCUCAGACAAGGGAUUGGUGAAUAUCAUAUGAAAAACUACAUAUCAGCACUGAAGUCUCUAAAUGAGGGACAAAAACUGGAUGGUGCUGAUACAGAUUUUACUAUUUGGAUUAAAAGAUGUGAAGAAGCCUCCAACACAGGAUCACAUUCUGAAGUGCAGUCACAGCCAACUAAGCUCAAAUAUGACUGGUACCAAACAGAAUCUCAUGUAAUUGUGACUAUUAUGAUCAAGAAUGUCAAGAAGGAUGAAGUCAACAUAAAGUUCUUAGAGAGAGAGCUAAAUGCUUUGGUGAAGCUUUCUUCAGAGGAAGAGUGCAGCUUAAAUCUCCAUCUUCUUCAUCCCAUAAUUCCAGAACAGAGUUCAUUCAAAGUUCUUUCAACUAAGAUUGAAAUAAAGAUGAAGAAACCAGAAGCUAUACGAUGGGAAAAACUGGAAGGACAUGAAGAUUCUCCUAAAGUAAAACAAUUUACACCAGAAUCCAUGCUUCUCUACCCAUCUUCCUCUCAUUAUACAAGGAACUGGGACAAAUUGGUGGUAGAACUCAAAGAAGAGGAAAAGAGUGAAAAGUUGGAGGGUGAUGCUGCUUUAAACAAACUUUUCCAGCAGAUUUACUCAGAUGGUACAGAUGAAGUGAAACGUGCCAUGAACAAAUCUUUUAUGGAGUCUGGUGGGACAGUUCUGAGCACAAACUGGUCUGACGUUGGUAAAAGGAAAGUCGAAGUCAAUCCUCCAGAUGACAUGGAAUGGAAAAAAUACUAACUUAUUUGUGUGCCAUUCUGUGCUGCUUGUAUUUAUAUAUCUACCAUUGUGUGUGGACACAGCAUCCUUGAAACUAAAGCACUGAAUGUUCAUUUGGAAACUAUUCCUAUCUUAUCUUUACAUGCUUUAGGGAGACUUUCUUUGCAGAGUAUAGAGGUGUAAUCAGGAAUUGAAGCCUCAUCACUACUGUCUUUGAAGGGUUUUCUUGGUUAUAAUCUGGACCUACUAUGACACACAUUUUCUUCUGGCUUGGCAGUACUGGUUUUGUCUUUGGAAGAUUAGCAAGGAUUUUAAUUCAACUUCAUAGAAAUAUGGCCUUAUUAAUGUACACUAUUCCUUUUAAUAAUUUAUUUGUUUGGUGACUUUAAAAUUGUUUGCUGGUUAAAUGCAUUCAAAUAAAGCUGUAAAUAUAUAACUUUUCAAUAAAGAAGCAAGACUCAUUA